AUGACCAGCGGUCCCAGCAACGAGAAUCCUCGCCAGGAGCGCGAGCACCUGCUACCGACGCAGCAGCCGGCCCAGCAGCGCGGUCGGAAGCGAGCGCCGCUGGUGGAAGUGACGAACCUGGCGGUCGUGGGGGGCAGAGCACGCGCCACAGCCAAGCGCGCUGCCCUGAGGCCUCAUCUCGCUGGCUCGGCGGCAAAGCAGCGAGCAGCGGCACUAGCAUCGGCGGCGAGGGACCGCCUGUUGGGCCGUAGGCGCUCCCUUGGGUCUUCCCUGGUGUCAACCCGGCGUGCAUCGCCGCGGGACAGACGGAGUCAGGCAGGACGGCAGCAUCGACUGGCGCAGAAGCAGCAGGGGCAGCACAAGGCGCAGCAGCGCGUGCGGGGAAGCCGGUCACAGCAGCGGAUCGAGGCGCGGCAAGGCGCGUCGUCCGCGCAGCUUACUACUUCCUCGCAGCCUCUCUCGGGGGUCACCACUCUGAGACUACCCCUUACGACGCCGUGCGAUGACGACGACAAGGCGCAGCUACCAUGCGAAUCGGUCGCAGCACUCCCUGCGAUGCCGUGCGAGAGAGCCGCGGGUGCCGCGAGCGAAGCGGGCGUGGCGAGCUGCAGGAGCGACAGCGAAAGCAGCAGCAGCAACGGCGGCGGUGGCGGCGGUGGCUCGUCCAUCGGCCGUGCUCACGACGUGGUGGGCAGCGAGCGCGGCAGCAGCGCCCGCGCGGACGACGGCAGCCGGUCGUUCAGUGGCAGGAAAAGGCCCGCGGGGGAAGGCGCGUCACCAGCGGAGCGGGCGGCGGACGAGGCGCACAUCUGCCGAGAGCGGGCGCGCGGAGAGCCGUCGUGCGUGCAGGCGGAGGCGGAUACUGGCGGUAACGUUGCGAGAGGCGAGGAAGAGCAUCGUGGGGAUGCGAGUCGCGGCAAGGCGAUGGUUGUCGAGGAUGCGUUGACGACGACGAGAGGCGCGGCGUCUGCUGCGAGCCACGGCGCCUCCGACCUCACCCAGCAACCCGUGCGAGAGCCUCAAGGCGUCCGGGGGGCGUCACCAUCAGCCGCUGCGCUACCCAGCACCAGCACUGCCGUCCCAGCGCCCCUCCCCGCCGUUUUGCCGGGGGAAGCCGCCUCGUUGCCGCAGCAGGCGGGCAGGGCGGUCGCGGGGAGGGCGGGGCGGGGGGCGACGGUGCGGGACAUCGACUCGUCGCCGGAUCCGCAGCUGUGCGGGCGAUACGUGGCGGACAUCUACGGCCACCUCCGCGCCGCCGAGGUACGCCACUGCCGCGCGCUGUGGCGAUUGCGCGGGGGGCGUGAUGUGGGGGAAGGGUGCAUGGGGAAAUGGAAGGGGGGAGAUGGUGGGAUGCGAAGUGGGCAUCUCUUGGUCUCCUACCUUACUAAACCCGUAUUACUGUGCCUCUCGCCCCCUGUUCGUGUCCCCCCAAUCUCGCUCCCUCCGCCCCUCCGCCGUGGCCCCCCCGUGCGCACGGUGCAGCAGCGCAGCCAGCCGCGCGCGGACUACAUGGAGAAGGUGCAGAGGGACGUGAACAGCGGCAUGCGCACCAUCCUCGUCGACUGGCUCGUUGAGGUGGCGGAGGAGUACAAGCUCGUGCCGGAUACGCUCUACCUCACGUGCGCCUACCUGGACAGCUUCCUCUCCGCCCACACUGUGCCGCGCAGCCAGCUGCAGCUGCUCGGCAUCUCCUGCAUGCUCAUCGCCUCCAAGUUUGAGGAGAUCUACGCACCACAGGUGGACGAGUUCUGCUACAUCACGGACAACACCUACACCCGCCAUGAGGUGCUGCAGAUGGAGAGCCGGGUGCUGAAUCAUCUGGCGUUCGACCUCAGCAAGCCCACCACCAAGAGCUUCCUCAGAAGGUACAUUCGAGUCGCCCAAGCCAGCCUCAAGGACCCCUCGCUCAAGCUGGAGUUUCUGAGCAAUUUCUUCUCCGAGCUGGCUCUCACAGACUACUCGUGCCUGCGCUUCAAGCCCUCGUGCCUUGCUGCCUCUGCCGUCCUCCUCGCCAAGCUCACUCUCUUCCCCACCCUCCCUCCCUGGACGGCUGCUCUGGCGGCUUGUUCGGGGUAUGCGUGUGCUGACCUGCGGGAGUGUGUAGCUUGCCUGCAUGCACUGCACUCCUCCAACGGCCGUGCGCCGCCCACUGCCGUGCACCAGAAGUACUGUCAGGCCAAGUUCAUGGCUGUCGCCUCCAUCCCCCUGCCUGCACUACCACCGGAGCCCCAUGCCUCGCGUCACUCCCCAGCUCACUAG